UGUAUCAUAAAAGUGUACCUGUUCUUUAAAACUACCUGUUAAGGAUGUUUCCAUUUAUUUUUUUCCAUUUCCACCUGUAGCAGGCAUUGACGAUUUUUCCAGUCAACUCAAACGAAUUCAAGACAACUGCGAUAGUGUCAAACUCGGAAACUUGGAUUGAACUCGAGCAGUUUAAGGAUCGAGACUUGGCUUGAUGAGAGGAAAACCCGCGAGACGCGAGUGCUUCCUCUGACAAUUAUCAUGGGCACCAUGUGCCCCUCGCCGUGCGCGUAAUUGCUGCUGUGGAGGAACCACACAUUAUGAGACGCCAUGGCAUGGUGUGAUCGAAGGGUUCAGACUUUGCUGGCCGUUGUGGGGGCCUUCGUCGCCUUCAGCCUCAUGACCAUCGCCAUCGGCACCGACUACUGGCUUUACUCCCGGGCGUACAUCUGCAACGCCACUAAUGCCUCCGCGGACGACUCCCAGAUGCAAACCAAGAAAGUCAAAGGCGACCUGACGCACUCCGGGCUGUGGAGGAUCUGCUGUAUCGAAGGAAUAAACAAAGGAAGCUGUUUUCGGAUCAAUCAUUUUCCAGAGGAUAACGACUAUGAUACAGACAGCUCAGAGUACAUCUUACGUAUAGUGCGCGCAUCAAGUCUAUUCCCCAUUCUCAGCACCGUUCUGCUGAUGUUGGGUGGCCUGUGUGUGGGGGUUGGACGCAUCUACAACAACAAGAACAACAUUCUGCUCAGUGCUGGCAUCCUGUUUGUGGCUGCAGGCCUGAGCAACAUCAUCGGAAUCAUCGUCUACAUCUCCAGUAACGCCGGGGAUCCCAGUGACAAGAAAGACGAGGACAAGAAGAACCACUACAACUACGGCUGGUCCUUUUACUUUGGCGCUCUCUCCUUCAUCGUGGCUGAAUCAGUGGGUGUUCUCGCAGUCAACAUAUAUAUCGAGAAAAACAAAGAGACACGCUUCCUAGCCCGAAGUGACUUCAUCAAAACCACCUCCUCCUCUUCGCCUUACUCUCGCAUCCCAAGUUACCGCUACAGACGAAGGCGCUCACGCUCCAGUUCGAGAUCAAGUGACCCAUCCCGCGAGCCCUCCCCAGUGGGUAGGAAGAUCGGUGGAGGAAGCGGUGGAGGAGGGUUGGGUAUGGGCUUGCCAAUGGGGGAUAUAUCCCUGUACUCCCUUAGUAGGGACCCUCUGAAGGGCGGAAGUGUGACUGCAGGGCCUUACAGUCCAGAGAGGGACUCUGGGUUUUUACAAGUCCACAACUGCUUCCAGAAAGAUAUGAAAGAUGGAGUGAACAGGAGGACCACGCCGGUAUGAGAAAAGUGCCAAUCUGUGUUUCAUUUGGAGGAAGAGGAAAGGUGAUAUCAAAACAACUUUUCAUCAUAUGACUCAGUAUCUCUAAGGGGAAUGCAGACAUUUUGUAGCAACAUCUGAAGAGUUUAAUUGGAAAUUGUGAUACCCACUAUUUGUGAGUGACGUCUUACAGAAAGGCUGAAAUAUGUCGUACAUGUUCUGGUAUUCUUUAAAGGAUAAUUGCCUGAUAAAAGAAUUAAGCUUUUACAGACUUGAUGCUCAAUAUAAUAAAGAUUCUGAAUAUUGAACUUCAGGUAAUGCUUUUCUGCUAAAAUAGAUGUGUAGUGUUUUGGAAAUGUUUCUUUUAAAAGGAGACAAAUAUCUAUUUGUCUCCAAAAUGAUAUGCUAAAAUGAAGUGAUUCAUGUGAUUAAGCAUUAUUGUAUUGUAUUUGUUUGUAACUUUAACACAACUGGUGCUAACUUAAUCUGUACACCUUUGAUAGUCUUAAGCCUUCUCAACUGCCAUUCAAAUACUUCUACUGUAUCCCAGUAACCUCUUUUUUAAGCUUGUGUGUGAGUCAGGUGAUAAAUAUGUGCGUUACGGUAUGUGAAAUGUAUUAUGGCUCUGAAACACUCCCACACUAUGACACGUGUAUUUCUGUAGAUAUAUAUUAACAAAGGCACACAGCAAUGUCAAUACAUUCCAGUGUGAUGUAUUAGUGUAAACAUUAUUUGUACAGACUGUGUACUUGCUCUCCAUUUGCUCAGGGACGAUGUAUGGAACAAAUUUAUCUUAUUUGUGUCUAUUAUUUCAGUAUUUCUGUACUCUUCUGUGCUGCCCCAUAUUUUGACAACAAGAAACAGGACAGAUGACACCUAUUUUACAACCAACAAGCACAUUGCGUUAUAUGGUUUGAUUUAGUUCUGUAAUGUUUCUGUGAAUCUGCCUAAAGUUGAGUGUUCUGUGUUAACAAAUUGAGCAAGUGUUUGAUUCGAUUAUUUAGUUUUAUCUUUCCAAUUGGGUAAUAUUAAAAUAAAAUGUUUAUAGUGUUAUGUGACAUGAAGUGUAGAGAGGUCACCCAGGAGUGACAUGGUGGAUGUGCAUGUGGACCGUGGAAGAGUUUGUGAGUUGUUGUAUAAGCUCUGUGAAGGACUUUUUCUGUAUUACUUGGGUUCUAGAAUUGCAAGUCUCAAAUCAUGAAAAUGUGUCGUUCCGGUGUUAUGUUAACAUUUCCCCCAAGAGCAAUUGUACUUGCGGCAAGGAAAAACUUCCUUUAAACAGGCAGAAACCACAAACAGAACAUGGCUCUAGGUGGGCGGCUAUCUGCCUCGGCUGGUUGGGGGAGAGGGAGGGAGAUGCAUUGCAACUCCAAUAAUACCUAACUAUAAUAAAUAUAGAACUAUGACUCAAUAAUCAUAGCAGUGGGUAUAAUGGAAUGACAUGAUGAACAGUGGCAUUAUAGUAACACUAAAGAUUGUAGAACUAUGACUAACAAUAAUAACAGUAGCAAUGGGUGUUAAGCAGGACCACGGCAGCAGCCGCAGCCAUGAUCCAGGAGCCACCACAAUCCAAGGAAAACUGCAAGAAAGCCCAAGGACUCUGGGGAAUAAGCUAAGUUAGUAACAUGCAUUAAUGCCACAUGAAUGCACACAGAUGGAGAGAGAGCGAGAGAGAGAGAGAGAGAGAGAGAGAGAGAGAGAGAGAGAGAGAGAGGAGGAGAGAGGAGCUCAGUGGGUCAUAGGAAGUCCCCUGACAGUCUAAACCUAGAGCAGCAUUACUAAGAGCUGGUCAAAGGCAAAACUAAGCCAACCCUAACUAUAAGCGUUAUCAAAAAGGAGCCAAUAAUUAUGUAUAUAGAAGGAAUGAAUCAUUAUGGAAGUUAUUGAUGUUUAUUUGCUCCUUAGCUUCUUUCAGCUGGUCAAAGGUCAUUAACAACUCACCACUGAAUAGGUGCCCUGGCUGACCCUCUCCUUCCAUGCUGGGAUGACAAAAUAAACCAAACUCUAACCCUCAGUCAGGACUACUUUACUCUUUACUUAUUCAGUCAAAUACUGUGAUUUUUAUCGCAUUACAAUUAAAGAACAGAUAUCCUAAAUAGUGACUGGGGAGACUCAACUUAGUAAUUACAGUUAACUUCACUUUUAGACUUGCUUUUGGUUUAUUGCAAAAUAUGAACUGAGAUUUGCUCCACUGCAUUUGUUUUUCUCUAUAAGGGAAGCAUUUUAGCUAAUGACGCGGGGCUGAUGGGCCUGCUAUGCUCUGCUAUGAAACUGCGUGGCAAACAGUCGGGCAACCACAGGGUGUUAAAGGAAAUCGGCAUCAGCCAACUUAAUGCUCGACUGAGCUAACAGGCUCCCAAAUGCUCAUCCAGACUUCAGAAAGCUUGUCUCCUUGUCUCCAAACAAGAACUGGAGCAAAGUGAGCAUUGUUUGUGUGUGAAGGGUUAGUAAAAGUUCAAAUGAUUCAUUCUUGGUACAGUGCACACUUGAUUGGGUUCCAUGUCAGCUUCAUGGUUAGUUUCCCAGUUGAAUAUUUUUUAGCAGCAGUUAGAAUUGGUUUAAUGUUGGUUAGUGAAUCAGUGUUACGGCAGUAACUGUGUAUUUUAACAAACAGUGCUAUGAGAGGCCGUGCAGUCUCUGCAAAGCCUCUGCUCUCCCAGCUACAGUUGUCAUUCAAGUCACUGAUGUGGGGGGAAGGGGAAGCCUUGAAUUAGAGUUGACUUAUUUUUAUUCUGUGUGUGUGUAAUGUAUCUUUGUUAUGCCAAACUGGUCUGCUGACCGUGUUCCCCAUUCCAGUCCAGAAUUAGAGUUAUUCUUCUUCACCGCUCUCCUCUGUCUAUCGCCCAGGCUGUUAAGCCUUGUAAAUGUGAAUGCCAUGGACCCCCACUGGUAUUUUCAUCCACAAGAAAACCGUAUCCCCACUCUUUGCUGUCAUGCAUCAGUGAAAAUGAUCCUCUGGUCAUUGAGAUGAAAAUGGCAGUGUCCCCUCUCCAUGCAGGGGUUAACAUCGGUACCUCACUGUGCAGGACGGAUAAAAUAACGCUUUGGGGUCUCAGCUUAGGUUCUGCCUUUGCAACUUGAUUUGCUGGCGUGACAAAUGGUUCGGCAGCAGUUCACACUUCAGCUAUCUUUAUACUAAACCUGAUGCACCCAAUGCCAUAACAAAGCAUUUACAGCCAGCAAUGGUUUUCUUAAAAAGCAGUUUAUCAGCUAUAACUAGUAAUUAAAUGCUACUAAAAGAUAUUUUUGGAUGUUGUUAUAGAUCAUACAUCUUCUUUUGUAACACUUGAAAGAGAUGACAAAGGCUCAUUGUUGAACAAUAUAAUUACAAAUAUAAUGAUGAUACAGAUUAUGUUUAGUAUAAUGUCUGACAAUAAUGUCAUUAAUUUUCACCAGUGGUGAGAGCAACACCAUAAUCUACACCAUGUUGAUGCUUGAAGAGCAAUGUCAUUUAUUACCAGCCGCAUCAGCGAUGCUUGUAUUGUUUUCAGUUUGUGACACUGUGUGCGUGCGUGUGUGUGUGUGUGUCAAAAUUUGCUCUUUCAGACACCUACUGAAACGAGACUCCCACAGAGUUGGUUUUGAAUACUAAUAUACACACACACACACACACACACACACACACACACACACACACACACACACACACACACACACACACACACUUUAUGUGUCCGUGUAGUGGUGUCAGGCUGGUGUGAUCACAGUACAUGUUAGUUUAACUUUUCCUCCUGAGAGAUUCCGUCUCCACAGACACUCUCUCACCUCCCAAGUUCGUUUAGAAAAUUUAAAGUGGCUAAGAUUCCUCCCAGCAGGGGGCUUGAUUCCUCCCUCCCUGUUGAUAUAUCAGUGCCAUGCUGUCGAUCCAGUAACCACAGGCAUCCAUUAGCAUGACAUCUGUCACUGGGCUAAGACUGGAUUAAGCCAGCAGCAGUUGGAGCUUAACCCUUUUCAUCUGCUAUGACACAUGAAAAACAACAGACUUCCAUGGUGUUUUGUAAUAUAUCCAAUUAUUUUUGCAAUAUUUGCACAGAUGCAGCUUAUCUGAUAGCAAGCAAACAUCACUCACUGUAAACCUGUGAACAAACCCUUUAAACACUACAGGAGAAGGGAAUGAAAACGUUUCUUUAUCCUUAUUACGUUGCAUAACACAUAACCAACAAAAAUAAACUGUGGAUGAUAUUAAGGCAACCAGAUGAAUAACAUAAAAUAAUUUAAAAUAAUACAUUUGUAAAUACAGAAGAGAAUUUGGGCCCUCUGACACCAUUUCUUUUAGUUCAAGUGAAAUGUGUUUGUCUUUAUAGUUUAAGUCAUAAUUGGGAGAUUGGUGCAGAGAGAUUUAUGUUGCAUUCUUUUUAAAGUCAUUUUAUUCAUAAUAGUGUUUUUUUUUAUAAACUUCUUGCACAAAACCCUCAACAUUCUAUGGUCUGCUUGGAACAUUUGCAUUGUUUGUUUCAGUUGAAGACUUAUGUUUAAUGAUAUAAUAACAUAUAGGGCCAAUCAAUAAUAUAUUAUAUAUUGUACUACCGAGCCUGUAAAUACAGUCUCUUUUAUUAUUUCCACGAGAGGUUUAUAAUGUAUAACUGUGCCGAUAAAUUACUCUGAAAUAAAAAAAAAGAGUGACUGA